AUGGAAGCCGAGAAAAUACUCGAACCCGGGAAGUUGAGCUUCGAUGAAGAUACCAGAGGUGGAUUGGGACGGCACCUUGGCUUGACGAGUACAACGUUCCUGAUCAUUGGCCGCAUCAUUGGAACUGGCAUCUUCUCAACUCCUUCAAGUAUUACAGCCUCCGUCGGAUCCGUAGGAGCUGCGCUUAUGCUCUGGGUCCUCGGUGGCCUCCUAUCGUUCGCAGGACUCUGUGUCUGGCUUGAACUUGGCUGUAUGUUUCCUCGCUCUGGAGGAGAGAAAGUCUAUCUCGAAGCGGUCUACAAGCAUCCCAAACUCCUGGCUACGGUUCUCUUCUCCACCCAAGCUGUCUUACUAGGGUUCACGGCUUCUGGUUGCAUCGUUUUUGCAUCCAAUAUCUUAGUCGCUGCAGAUCAUGUCGUCACGCCCUGGAACGAGCGCGGGAUAGCAGUUGGCGUGAUUGUUGCAGUUACAAUCAUGCAUACAUUCGCACCAAAUGCUGGAGUGGGAGUGAUGAACUCACUGGUGGCUAUUAAACUAGCUAUUCUCGUCUUCAUCACAAUCACCGGAUUUGUAGUUCUUGGUGGUGGUGUCAAGAGCGUGCCCGACCCUCACGCUUCAUUCUGCAACGCAUUUGCCGGUUCGGUCAUGUCAGGCGGCCCAUACGCCACUGCUUUGUUCAAAGUUUUGAAUUCUUAUUCUGGGUGGAACAAUGCUGCUUACGUCCUGAACGAAGUCAAGCGGCCAGUCCACACAUUGAAGAUUGCAGGCCCUCUCGGACUUGGGAUCUGUACAUUGCUAUAUAUGUUCGCAAACAUUGCGUACUUCUCUGCUGCAACUCCCCAGGAGAUUUCAAAAAGCGGGAUUACGGUGGCCAGUUUUUUUUGUAAAGUCUUUGGUCUCACGGCCAGGAGAGUCAUCUCCGUAUUCAUAGCACUGAGUGCUCUUGGAAAUGUGGUCACUGUCACCUUCGCUCAAUCCCGAGUGAACCAAGAACUUGCGAAGGAGGGCGUGUUGCCAUUUGGCAAAUUCUGGGCAUCAAAUUGGCCUAAAGGAGCACCUGGUACAGGUUUACUCCUCCAUUUCAUUCCGUCAUUUAUCGUGACCGUAGCAGUUCCCGCCGGCGACGCAUUCAACUUCAUCCUCGACGUCGAAGGCUACCCCGCCUCGAUAAUAAACCUCUUCGUGGUCCUCGCCCUCUUCAUCCUGCGCUAUACCUGCCCCGAUCUCCACCGGCCCUUCAAAACCUGGAUAAUCGUGCCCUUCUUCUUCCUCAUCGCACAAGGCUUCCUACUCACUGCCCCGUUCCUGCGUCCUCCUGGAGGUAAAGGAGAUACAAGCCUGCCGUAUUGGUUGUAUCCGAUUGUCGGGAUCACGGUGUUGGUGGUGGGAGGGACGUGGUGGCUGGUUUGGAGGGUCGUCUGGCCGAAGUUGGGGAAGUUUGAGUGGGUAGAGACUAAGGCGAGUUUGAGGGAUGGGACUGUGGUCACGGAGUUCGAGAAGAGGAAAGUUGCUUGA